AUGAAGCCAAAGAUUGUGUCUUGGAAUGUCUGUGGUCUUAACGAGGUAGAGAAGCAUCUUCGGAUCCAGCACUUGCUUCGUGAGUGGAAAGUGGACAUCGUUUGUUUACAAGAGACAAAGCUGAAGUUAAUCAUUAGGAAGAUUGUGAGGAGUAUAUGGAGCAGUAAUUAUGUAGAUUGGGUGUACCUGCCUGCGUCAGGGGCAUCGGGAGGAGUUGUAGUGAUGUGGGAUAGGCUGGUGGUGGAGAAAGUAGAUAACCAAAUAGGGAGAUAUAUGGUAGCGUGCUCUUUUAGACGUGUGUCAGAUGGUUUCUUGUGGACAUUUGCAGGUGUUUAUGGGCCCAAUUUAGACGUAGAUAGAAGAUUAUUGUGGGAUGAGCUAGUAGGAGUUCACUGUUGGUGGGAGCUUCCUUGGUGUAUUGAGGGUGACUUUAAUGUUGCUUAA